AUGCUUUCUUUUAUUAAGGGUCAUGAUCAGAGUUCUACUCUUGCCCAGCACUCUGUUGAAUUGACACUACCCAAUCACCAUCCGUUUCACAGAGAUUUACUUCGAUAUGCUAAGCUGAUGGAGUGGCUUAAGAACACAGAUUAUGGAAAAUACGAAGGGCUAACAAAGAAUUAUAUGGAUUAUUUAUCACGCCUUUAUGAAAGAGAAAUAAAAGAUUUCUUUGAAGUUGCCAAGAUCAAGAUGACGGGCACAACUAGAGAAGGAAAAAAGUUUGGUCUUCAUGGAAGUUCUGGAAAACUGACUGGGUCUACUUCCAGCCUAAAUAAACUUUCUGUUCAGAGUUCGGGAAACCGUAGGUCUCAGUCAUCCUCACUGCUGGAUAUGGGAAACAUGUCUGCCUCUGACCUUGAUGUGGCUGAUAGAACAAAAUUUGAUAAGAUUUUUGAACAAGUAUUAAGUGAACUGGAGCCUCUGUGUCUGGCAGAACAGGACUUCAUUAGUAAAUUUUUCAAACUACAGCAACAUCAGAGCAUCUCGGGAACAACAACGAACGAAGCAGAGGAAAUGGAUGGAGGAACUUUAUCUCGUUCAUACACUUCUGGUGUUCCACAAACAGUAUCAUCUGAGAAGGACAUGAUCCGACAAAUGAUGACAAAGAUAUUUCGAUGUAUUGAACCUGAGCUGAAUAAUCUUAUAGCGCUGGGGGACAAGAUCGAUAGCUUUAAUUCCCUUUAUAUGUUGGUUAAGAUGAGUCAUCAUGUAUGGACAGCACAAAAUGUGGACCCAGCUUCCUUUCUCAGCACAACACUUGGAAAUGUUUUGGUGACUGUCAAAAGGAACUUUGAUAAAUGCAUUAGCAAUCAAAUGAAGCAGAUGGAUGAAGUAAAAAUCUCAAAGAAGAGUAAAGUUGGGAUCCUUCCAUUUGUUGCUGAAUUUGAAGAAUUUGCAGCCCUCGCUGAAUCAAUUUUCAAAAAUGCAGAACGACGAGGAGAUCUCGAUAAAGCUUACAUAAAACUUAUUAGAGCUGUUUUUGUCAGUGUUGAGAAAGUAGCCAAUGAAAGUCAGAAAACACCCAGAGAUGUGGUCAUGAUGGAGAACUUCCAUCAUAUUUUUGCAACACUUUCUCGCUUGAAAAUUUCUUGCCUUGAGGCUGAGAAAAAAGAAGCCAAACAGAAGUACACUGAUCAUCUUCAGUCCUAUGUAAUCUACUCACUCGGACAGCCUCUUGAGAAAUUAAAUCAUUUUUUUGAAGGUGUUGAAGCUCGUGUGGCACAAGGUAUACGAGAAGAGGAAGUAAGUUAUCAACUGGCUUUUAAUAAACAAGAGCUUCGUAAAGUUAUAAAGGAAUAUCCUGGUAAGGAGGUGAAGAAGGGAUUGGAUAAUCUCUACAAGAAAGUAGAUAAGCAUCUCUGUGAAGAAGAAAACUUACUUCAGGUUGUGUGGCAUUCCAUGCAAGAUGAGUUUAUACGGCAAUACAAGCACUUUGAAGGGCUGAUAGCUCGCUGCUAUCCUGGAUCAGGAAUUACUAUGGAAUUCACUAUACAGGAUAUUUUAGACUACUGCUCCAGUAUUGCACAGUCUCAUUGAGCCCUGUAGAAAGCGAAAGAGAAGCUAGCAGGGUUUGUGCCUGUAUAUAAGGGAAUCAAACACUAUAAAUGCUAUUUGUUUUCAAAAGGUGGAUUUCCACAUGUAUGUGUAGUUAACUGCCAUAUAUAUAUG